AUGUCUUCCCAAGUUAGGGCAGAGAAGGAGGAGCAAUCUCCGCCGUCUCUGAUUACGUCACUUCCAGAUGACGUCAUCGCUGAUAUCAUAGCACGUGUACCGAGAUGGGAUUAUCCGAGUAUCUCUCUCGUUUCCAAGAGUUUCCGGUCACUAGUUACAUCCUCUGAGCUAUACAAGAGACGAUCCUUGUUAGGCUGCACCGAACACUGUCUCUACGUUGUCCUCUAUAACUGCUACACCCUUGAUCGCAGUUUGUAUAUCCUCCGCCGGAAAGACAAGAGCAAGAAGCGCUUGGUCAUUGUUGAGUCGCUUUCUCAUAUGGAUAUUUUUGCAAUCUACGCCGUGGUAGAUUCGAAGAUAUAUGUGUUUGGUGAACUUAACGAUCCUAAAAGGGAAGAUAUGACACGGUGCAUGGAUUGUAGAUUUCACACGUUGCAGGUCAUCUCCAAGAUGCCUACGCCGAUGUAUGCUAUGAGGACUGGCAUCAUCGGGGAGAAGAUUUACGUAGUCGGAGAUAGUAUCAAGUAUGUUGGGCUCUUUGAUAACAGUAGGAUGUCGAUGAGAGUCAUGGUGUUGGAUACCGAAACUCAAAUGUGGGAGUCUGAGAUUAUAAAGCCAAGCGUGAAUCUAGCUCGCACAAGGUCUGAUAUUGUUGUGAUGGAGGAUAAGAUUUACAUGAGGGAUUAUUACAAUAGCUUUGUUUAUGGGCCAAAGGAAAAUAAAUGGGAAUUGGACGAGAUGCUGAAUUCUAAGAAAUGGAAUUAUGCGUGUGCUGUUGACCAAGUGUUAUACUAUUAUCAUACUGAAGAGAACAAGUUAAGAGCGUAUGAUCCAAAGCAGAGGCGUUGGAGUGUGGUGCAAGGUUUGGAAGAAUUGGUGCAUAAGAUGGCCGGUUCACGGUUGUCCAAGACGGUUAGUUAUGGUGGUAAACUAGCAAUCUUCUUUGGAAAAGGAGGAUAUAUUUGGUGUGCGGAGAUUACUUUGGGAACACGCCAAAAAGGAGAGAUUUGGGGUAAGAUGGAAUGGUGUGAUGCUGUGAUUAGUGAGGGGUGUUUUUACUUGGAGAAAUGUUUUGCUGUUAUGAUUUGA